AUGAAGCACCUUAUCCUCGUGGGCGCGUGCUACCUUGACACGAUCCUGACCGUCCCUCACUUCCCGGCCGAGGACUCCAAGUUGCGCGCCACGUCGGUACAGGUGCGUCGCGGAGGCAACUGCCCCAACUCGCUCGAGGUCCUGGUCCAGCUGCUGGCCGCCGGUCCGCGCCCCGGACUACCGCUCAAGCUGCACCUCGUAUCAUGCCUGCCCGACGCCAGGGCGGCCGCCACGGCCAAGAUUCUGUCUUCGCUCGGCGCCGACAAGGGGGCCGUCGACUGUAGUCAUUGCCUCUACCGGGAGGGAUAUGAGGAGCCAGCGAGCAGUUACGUGAUACGCAGCGCCGAGACGGGGAGCCGGACCAUUGUGAACUUCAACGACCUUCCCGAGAUGACGGCGAGAGAGUUUGAAAAGAUCGCCGACACUUUCGUCAAACAAGGGGAGGAGUGUUGGUGGCACUUCGAGGGCCGGAUCCCAGAGACAACGCUCCAGUGCAUCCGCUACCUGCGCCGGGUCACACCAAAGAGCACAAUCAGCGUCGAGGUUGAGAAGCCGAAUCGGGAAGGCCUUGUCGAGCUGGCCGCGGAGGCCGACGUGGUCUUUUACUCGAGAAGCUGGGCCGAGCCGAGGGUACAAGAGCCCCGAGGCCUGUCUCAGGGCCGAAGCGGCGUCAUCGAGGAAUGGGGAGCCGGGGCGCUCUCGCUUCCAAGUGGCGAGUACAUCCACCACCGUGCAGCGCAGUCUGAAGGUCGAGUGCCAGUGAUCGACACUAUCGGCGCGGGUGACACAUUCAUCGCUGCAAUGCUGUAUGGCCUGCAUGCUGACGCCUGGAGCCGUGAGACAAAGCUUUCGUUUGGGGUCGAUUUGGCCACCAAGAAAGUCCAAAGGGAGGGGUUUGCAGGACUGGUACCCUAA